AUGAGGUUAUCUAGAGCUAUCUAUAACGAAAUAAUCGAAGACAUCUUUAAGAAAUUAUCUGAUAGUGAUAUUGUGAAGAAACAUACAGGAUUAAGUCUCAAUACAUUGACCAGUAUCAAAUCUCUAGAAUAUCAACGCAAAAUGAAGAAAUAUCAUUAUUUACAUUAUAGUCAAGAGGCUCAACAACUCUAUUUUGACAGAUAUUUACAAGGAAUUUCUAAUGGACAGAAACAUGUUCUGUUAACUUUAGCUGAGGAUGCUGAUUUGUCACCUGCUCUCUUGGCAAGAAUGGUUUUAGAGAAACAAUUGGCAUCAUCUGAAAGUGAUGUAGUAACCUCUCGUAGUUUUGUGACUCAAUUAAUGAAAGAACCUAAUUUAAUAGAAGAUCCUAUAUUAGCUAACGAGAUCAAUCAGUGUAUUUUAAGUGAUGAAUUCUAUGGUCCUAUAACAGACAGUGUGAAACAUUCAAUUGGUUUUGAAUAUGAGUUUAAACUGAAAAGGAUUUUAGAAAAGCUUGGCCAUUGUUUCAUAGGCGAAGAACAAAUGAGAGUUAAAGGUUAUGAUAAAACACCAGAUGUCAAGUUAGAAAUACCUAUAGCAAUUGAUGGUCAUAUUGUUAAUUGGAUUGAAAGUAAAGCCUCAUUUGGUGACGAUGCCAGCCACAAAACCUAUCUUAAAGACCAGUUCUGGAGUUAUUGGAAUCGGUUUGGACCAGGAAUGGUCAUUUAUUGGUUUGGUUUUAUUGAAGAUUUGGACAGUAAUCAAGAAAAAGGAAUUAUUUUAAGACAUGACUUUCCUGAGGAUAUUGUUACCAUGAAUCCAUUGGGAUGUUAA